AUGCACUCCGAUUAAUAAGCCUUUAAUACUAUGCAAUUGAUGAAGAAAAUAUCUGAUUAUAGAUCAAGAUAUUAGCCUUUAGAAUUGUAAUUACAAAAGAAUGGCGGAUUAUUAAAAUAAAGUUAUGAUAGAGAUGAUAAGGGAAGAAUAAUUAGUUCAAAACUUGAGUAAAUCAGUAUUCCUGGAUUAGGAGCUCAAAAGAAUAUUAUUGUAAAUUAGAGCAUGAAAAAAACAAAAAUAAAUGAUACAAGAUUAUAAUCAUAAGUAAAUUAUAUUGAUCAUGAUGGAUUAAUUAGUGAGAUUGUAUUUUUAUAGAAUGAAGCUAGAAGAAAUGAAGCAUUAGCUAAUUUAUAAUAAGAAUAGAGAAUGUAAUUAGAAGAUUUUUGUCGUGAUAAUACAAUAAAAGUAAUGAUUUGUAUCACCAUGUAUUCUGAACCUUUAUAAGAACUAAAAAAAUCUUUAGAAGGAAUAUAAGAUAGUUUGAAUGAAUUUUCAGAGAAUGAGAUUAUGCCUAAUUAGAUUUUAGUAGUCGUAAUAUUUGAUGGAAUUGAAAAUAUUAGAAAUUAAGGAGAUGAAAAUGGUAAUAAUAAUGAAGGUGACAUUAUACGUAUAUAUAUAUAUAUAUUUAAUUUAGCUUAUUUUUGCUAAUAUUUGGAUAAAUAAAAUAAUAUUGAAUAGUUUUUAUCUCUAGAAUAUUAAUAUGGAACAUAUAAAAUAAAUAAAGAGCGUAUCUAAAAGUAUUCUUUAGAAUAAAGAAAGUUAUUUUAAUAGAAAACAGAUUAAUAGAAGAAAUAAUAUUUAAUUAAUGAUAAGUACUUGAAAAAAAGAAUAAAGUAUAAAUAAGGAAAUGAGUUUAACUAUGAGGAUGUAGUAAGGACAAUGGAAUAAAAGCAUUUAUAAGCUAAAUAAUAUAUAGAAUCUAGAUAAAAUAAUGCAUGGAUUUAUUAAAGUGUUUAAACAGUAAAGAUAAAAGAUAAGACAGAUUAAAUAGAAUCAUAAUUGCCUAUAUUUCAUGUUUUUAAAUUUACUAAUGGAACCAAAUUAUCGUCUCAUUUAUGGUUUUUUAAAGGAUUUUGUCAUGAAUUUUAACCAGAAUAUUGUGUUUUAAUGGAUUGUGGAGCUAAACCUCAGAAGGGUUCAAUUAAUAAUUUAAUAUAAGAACUAAGAGAAAAUGAACAAGUUGGAGGAGUUUGUGGAACUAUGUCUAUAGAAUUAUCAAAAUCAGAUGAUGAAAAGGGAGAAUAUAUGGAUAUUAUUAGUAAAUUCUUGAAUAUUGGAAUAUUUAAUAUUGAAAGAUGUUAAAAAUGUGAAUAUGAUAUUGGAAAUUUAUUAGAUAAAUAAUUUGAAUCUGCAUUAAAUUUUAUAUAAGUCUUACCAGGAGCUUAUUCAGCCUAUAGAUAUAAAGCAUUUUCAACUAAAUAUUCAGCUAUUAAUAAUAAUAAUAAUAAUAAUAAUAAUAAUAAUAAUAAUAAUAAUAAUAAUAAUAAUAAUAAUAAUAAUAAUAAUAAUAAUAAUAAUAAUAAUAAUAAUAAUAAUCAAUAAACAGACAACAUACUUGAUUAUUAUUUAAAAUCUAAAUUAGAUCCUACUUAUGAACAUGCUACUUUAGAAGAAGCAAAUAUGUUUUUAGCAGAAGAUCGAGUAUUGUGUUUAUUAUUGUUUUGUAAUGGAUAUUACUUAAAAUAUGUCAGAAAUGCUUUAGUUGAUGUAGAUCCAUUACAAAAUAUAAUAUCACUUUUAUUAUAACGUAGAAGAUGGAUAAAUGGAUCAUGGUUUGCUUUGAAUUAUGUUAUGAAGGAGUAUGGUAAAUAAUUACCUAUGAGUGGUCAUUCUACUUUUGAUAAAAAUCUAUUUAUAUUAUGCUUAGUUUUUGCUAGAAUUUCUUAAUGUAAUACUUAGAAUAUUUUUAGUGCUUUAAUAUUUUAUGAUCACAUUCUAAAUUGUUUGGUUAUACAUGAUUUUGAGAACGGUAACAGGAGAUUCUGAUCCUGCUAUUGCUUCAGCAAUUAAAUAAAUAGUUAUUGGAGCUUACGUUUUUUUAGAAUUUAGCUUGAUCUAUCUUUCAUUAAAUUAUAACUCAAGUAGUAUAAAUUUGCUUUAGAAGAAGGAAGAAAAAGAAAAAGAAAGAAAAUAAAUCAAUCAAUAUUAUUAUUCCAAAUUUUAUGGUGUUUCAACUAUUUUAGGUUUAGUAAGCUUAGUAAAUGCUGGUUAUACUUUAUAUUUAUUAAUAAUAGAAUUGUUAGUAAAAUAAUCUCCUUUUAAAUUAUUCUCAAUUCCUUAAGAUCUACCUUCCUAUAUUUAUUUUAUAGUAUUGAUAUCUUUUAUUUUAACAGUUUUACCUUUUAUAUUAUAAUUGGUUAUAGAUUGGAAAUUAGUAUUGGAUAUAGCAAUAAAUUCAAUUCAUUAUAUAUACUAUAUGCCUACUUAUACUCAUUUAUUUAUAACAUAUUCUUUUUGCAGAAUAGAUGAUUUGACAUGGGGAACCAAAGGGUUAACAUCUGAUGUCGAAAAUAAAGAUUAAUGUAACAAGGAAUCAGAUAAAAAGUAUCAGAAAUAUAAAUUCUUAAUUUAAUGGAUAGGGAGUAACGUUAUUUCGACAGUAAUUUUUUAUAUACUAUUUUAUUUGGAAAUUGAGAAUAUUUUAGUAAUAAUAAUAUUAUCAUUUGGAGUGAUGUUUUGUAUAAUAUAACUUGCAAAGUUUAUUGGCUUUUUUAAGUAUUGGAUUUCAUUCCUAUGUUCUAGAAGAACUGACAAUAGAAUACAUGAUGAAAAUAACAAUAAUAAAAACAAUAACAAUAAUAAUAAUAAUAAUAAUAAUAGUAAUAAUAAUGGAUAACCAUUUUAACGUAAGAGUAAGAAAUCAAGAAGUUAAAAAUACAAAGAUAGGACAAAUUUACUAUAUAGACCUGAGGCUUAAUAAGAAGGUUUAGUAUCUGUUGCUAUAAUUUAAUGA